AUUUUCAAAAUACCAAAAAUAAAAACUAGAAAAUUGGAAAUUUUGUGUCACAAAACACAAAAUAUACGCAAACAGUAUUAAGUAUUAGAAGUCUACUAAAAAAUCUCCCUCUCCUAAAAACAAAAACACCAAAAUGAUCUUCAACAAAUACAUCGAAAAACUCUCCAACUCCUUUGGCGGCACCUCCACCGCCAAGCAGCCACAAUCGAAACCUAAUCUACACAUCAAUGAUUACAACAACACACGCAACAUCGAAUACGAAAAGGCCAUGGCAGCCUCUUACAUUAAUGGUGGCCACUAUCAUCAUUAUGAGAAGCAACAUGUUGCGUCCAAAAAGAAGAAACCGAAUAAAAGUCAACAACAGCAACACCAACACCAUCGUGAUUUUCUAAGCAACGAUGAAUUGGCCACGAUAAAUAAUAGCAAGAGCAACAGCAGCAGCUGCAAUAGCAGCAAAAGCGGCAGCAGUGGCAGCAACUCUCAUCAUCAAAACAAGAGCAAUGAAAAUAAAAGUCAUGGUCACAGUGGUAAUUACUUAAAGGUGCCUGAAUCUUCGUGCAUGCGCCUCAACGCCAAAGAUAUACCCGCCUUACGCAUAACCACCACAGAUUUGCAGAUUGAUUUGCAAACGCGUGAAGUGGAUGCUGGCGAUUUGAUGCCUUCAGCGUUGCAUUACUAUGAGGGCGACAUCUAUCGCACGCCACUCUCAUCGCUGAAUCCUUCUCCCGCCUCGUCGUAUACAACUUCGCUGUCAACCGAGUCGUUGGCUGGCGCCUGCAGCCCGUGCUCGUCGAUGUCGGCUGCUUCGACGCCUACCUCGCUGUCGACAUCGCCACCGCGGUUUCACAGCCGUCCGCCAUCGCUGCGUUUGUCGAAGGAGCUGGCAGGGAUAUACUGCAAAAUGUUGCACUUUCCAUGGUUUCAUGGCAAUCUUUCGGGCAAGGAAGCUGAAAAAUUGAUACUAGAACGUGGAAAGAAUGGUUCAUUUCUGGUGCGUGAAUCUCAAAGUAAACCUGGUGAUUUUGUGCUUUCAGUGCGGACAGAUGAUAAAGUGACGCACGUCAUGAUCCGAUGGCGGCAGGACAAAAAAUACGACGUUGGCGGUGGUGAACCCUUCGACACGUUGUCCGAACUCAUCGAACACUACAAACGCAAUCCGAUGGUGGAGACAUACGGUACAGUGGUGCAUUUGCGUCAGCCAUUCAAUGCGACGCGCAUCACAGCCGGCGGCAUCAACGAACGAGUUAAUCAAUUGGCCAAGGGCGGCUUCUGGGAGGAAUUCGAAUCGCUGCAGCAAGACAAUCGCAAUAUGUUUUGUCGCAUUGAAGGCUACAAGCCGGAGAAUCGCAGCAAAAAUCGCUAUCGCAAUAUACUGCCCUAUGAUCAUACCCGCGUUAAACUAUUGGAUGUGGACAAGAGUGUGCCCGGCGCUGAAUAUAUAAAUGCGAAUUAUAUUCGCCUACCCACCGAUGGCGAUUUGAAUAGCAUGAGCUCAUCGUCGGAGAGUUUGAAUGCCACUGGCAUGGUGGCCUCUUGUCCAGCUUGCAGCGCUGCUCAAAUACAAAAGAAUUGUACCAACUGUCAGAAGCUGAACAAGACAUGUGUGCAGUGUGCUGUCAAAACCUCUGUGCUGCCGUUGAGCAAUUGUAUAACGUGUAAUAAAAAAUCGGAUACGAUUAAUAAGCAUAAGCGCAGCGAUUCAUCGGCCUCAACGGCGACCGCUUACAGCACUGCUAGUUGCAGUUCACGUGCGGCUUCCAGUGCGGGUGGUUUAUUGAAGAAGUGCAACAAUGAGUUGGCAGAGCGUGAUAUGUUCAAGGUGUACAUUGCGACGCAGGGUUGUUUACAGACCACGAUUGUCGAUUUCUGGAACAUGAUCUGGCAGGAGAAUACGCGCGUGAUUGUGAUGACAACCAAAGAGAUUGAGAGAAACCGCAGUAAAUGUGCCAAAUACUGGCCGGAUGAGGGCCAAUGCCGACAAUUUGGACCAGCGAAAAUACAAUGUCUCACAGAAAACAAAACUAAUGAUUAUACGCUGCGUGAGUUUCUAUUCUCUUGGCGUGAUAAGCCCGAUCGUCGUAUCUAUCACUAUCACUUUCAAGUGUGGCCCGAUCAUGGUGUGCCCACGGAUCCCGGUUGUGUGCUGAAUUUCCUGCAAGACGUGAACUCCAGGCAAAGUCAGCUAACGAUGACGGGCGAGAAUCCGGGUCCAAUUUGUGUGCAUUGUUCAGCGGGCAUUGGUCGCACGGGCACUUUCAUUGUGAUUGACAUGAUUCUUGAUCAAAUCGAUAGAUAUGGUUUGGGCACCGAAAUCGAUAUACAGCGCACAAUACAAAUGUUACGCUCCCAACGUUCUGGUUUAGUACAAACUGAAGCACAAUAUAAAUUUGUUUAUUAUGCUGUGCAGCACUACAUACAAACGCUAAUACAGCGCAAACGUGCCGAAGAGCAAAGCUUACAAGUCGGACGUGAAUAUACAAAUAUAAAGUACACAGGCGAAAGCAGCAGUGACACACAAAGAUCUCCGCUACCAUCAGCAAUUUCUAGCGUAAGUUUAGCAAGUAAAAACCAAUCAGUGGCCAGCAGCAGCAUCAGCAUUAACAGCAAUGCGACCAACAACGCCGCCGAGAGUAUGAAUCACUAUGCCAGCAUUGGCUCCACAAACGCCAACAAACCGACGCAGCUGUAUGGCACAGUGACAGCAGCCCCACCACCGUUAGCUGCGAAAAGCAAACAAGCGCCGCUGCCACCAAUGCCGGCCAGUGUGCUCGGCGCAAUGGCAUUAGCAUCGAAAGCGGGUGAUAGCAGUAUGCAGCAGCAACAACAAAGCGCUAUGCAACCGCAGCAGCAGCCAACGGCCGCUAUGCCAAUCACGCCGAAUGCGAGCGGCGGCGGCAGUGCUGCUGCGGCAGCCAACGAAAACAUUCCCAAAGACAUGAGCAUGCGCACAGGCAGCGCUCAACAGCAGCAACAACAACAGCAUCGGCAACAGUCAGCGCCGCCGACACCGCCGCGCUCUAGCUAUACAUGACAGUUAAGGUUUUAAAAACAGCGAAGCGACAAAACCUAAUGUCUUUGUUAGAAAUUCUUCUGCUUCCACUCCUCCUUCUUUCACUAUGCCAGAACGGGCACUAUGAAGGUGACUUCAAAUCCUGCCGUUCGCUUAAAAGUACGCGUCGCGCUUUAGGAAAAACAACGAACUCUAAAAAAGUAUAAAAAAGACGUGUUGUAGUGGCAACUCCACGAAUUUACAAAAACAAAAAAAUAUCCCACACCUUUGCCGAUUUUCACUCGAAUUAUGCUUUAUAUUUCAAAUAUGCGCUGAAAAGCGCUGAAAACUGUUUUUUAUAUAAACUGUUAUUCGUAGCUUUUUUAAUUGUUCUAUUGAUCCUUUAAGGACUUUUUAAUAUUACUGCUUCGUUAAAUUUUUUUGCUUUUUGGCAUACAUUUUAUUUUAUUUUCGUUUUAGUUUACAUUGUUUUAUUAAUUUUUGAAAAUUUUCACAGCGUUGCUUGUUAACAAUCUGCCAAGCGCCGCUUGCUGUUCGUUAAUUUCGUAGCUUUUUCCAUAAUAUUUUCUGCAGUUAAUUUUUUUUAAUUGUUACCCCAACCCAAUUACAUUUCCCACUACCACCACGCCCACUUUAUGCCCACUUCUUUGCUCGUUUCCGUUUUUUAAGCGAAAAAACCGUAAUAAUAAUUGUUAUUGUUGUUAUUGUACUAGCGUAGUUUGUUGCUGCUGUGGCUGUUGCUGUUUUUUAUAUUUUUGUUGUAGUUGUAGUUGUGUAGCAGCAUCGCUGCUUAGUAGCGUAGCGUUAAAGCAAACGUAAAAUUAUAAUUAAAAAACAAAAAAAGAAUAAUAAUUUAUAAAAAUAUGAUAAAGCGUUGAUUGUGAUCUGUAUUGAUGCAUUAAAAAGUAAAAAAUAUAAAAGUUAAAAGGUAAAAAAUGGAAAGCCAUUUAACAGUUAUGCUUAGCAAGAAAUGCGUCACCAAAAAUCAAAAAUAUAAAUAUUAAAUUGAAAAAAAAAAGAAAAUUGGCAACAUUAAGCAAAAAAAUAUUUUAAAUAUUGCUAGAGUGCAUAAAAAAAUUGAAGAAAUUAGCGUUGAGUUCGAAGGCUUUGUAGAAACAUCAAAAUAAUUUGCAAAGCAAAAUAAAAAAAA